AUGUCGGCGACUUCUGUGCUGUUCAAAGACUUGUCUUCAAAAACUCGAGCGUUGAGGCUUUACCGUCACUCGUUGAAAACCUGCCUCUCCUGGUGCGUCAUGCGAGACAUUUUCUACUCCGAACGCGAUCGAAUCCGCUCGGAGUUUGAAUCCAAUCGCUCGUUAACGCAAUCGCAAGCGAUGAAGAAAAUCGAGGAAGGCUUCGAAACGCUCGAUUCGUACGCGCACCCAGAUCCGUACAUCGUUCCAACCAUGUACGGCGGGUCGAAAUACGCGAGAAAUCCUCCCGUGCCCGGGAAUAUUCACGUGAUACGAGAUUUCGGGAGAGAGAAGGAAAGUGUUCCAAGGGAAGCGUGA